AGGACCCCCGCAGUAAGCACAAGUUUAAGAUUCACACCUACGGGAGCCCCACCUUCUGCGACCACUGCGGAUCGCUGCUCUACGGGUUAAUACACCAAGGAAUGAAAGUGCGAGACCCUGUGAUAUGAAUGUACAUAAAGUCUGUGUCGUCAACGUGCCCAGUCUAUGUGGGAUGGACCAUACGGAGAAGAGGGGGGCGCAUGUUUCUGAAGGCCGAGGUGAAGGGGGACCUCCUCAGUGUCACCGUCCGUGACGCCAAGAACCUCAUCCCCAUGGACCCCAAUGGACUGUCUGAUCCCUACGUCAAACUGAAACUAAUCCCCGACCCCAAGAAUGAGAGCAAACAGAAAACCAAAACCAUCCGCUCCACGCUGAACCCGCACUGGAACGAGUCCUUCUCUUUCAAACUCAAACCGUCAGAUAAGGACCGGCGCCUCUCCAUCGAGAUCUGGGACUGGGACAGAACUACCAGGAACGAUUUCAUGGGCUCCUUCUCAUUCGGGGUGUCAGAACUCAUGAAAAUGCCGGCGUGUGGCUGGUACAAAAAAAAAAAAAGAACCAGGAGGAGGGGGAGUAUUACAAAUGUGCCCAUCCCGGAGGCCGAGACGGGAACCUGGAACUGCGGCAGAAGUUUGAGAAAGCCAAGCUGGGCCCAGCCGGCAACAAGGUGAUCAGCCCCAUGGAUGACCGCAAACCGUACAACAACAUCGACAACGUCAAACUGACCGACUUCAUCUUCCUGAUGGUGCUGGGGAAGGGCAGCUUCGGAAAGGUGAUGUUGGCGGAGAGGAAAGGCAGCGAUGAACUUUAUGCUAUAAAAAUCCUGAAGAAGGAUGUGGUGAUCCAGGAUGACGACGUAGAAUGUACCAUGGUGGAGAAGAGAGUGCUAGCUCUGCAGGACAAGCCGCCCUUCCUGACCCAGCUGCACUCCUGCUUCCAGACAGUGGACCGCCUGUACUUUGUGAUGGAGUAUGUGAAUGGAGGAGACCUCAUGUACCACAUCCAGCAAGUCGGGAAGUUCAAAGAGCCCCAAGCAGUGUUCUACGCAGCGGAGAUAUCGGUGGGAUUGUUCUUCCUGCACAAGAAAGGGAUCGUGUACAGAGAUCUGAAGUUGGAUAACGUCAUGUUGGACGCCGAAGGUCACAUAAAGAUCGCAGAUUUUGGAAUGUGUAAGGAGCACAUGGUGGACGGUGUGACAACUCGAACUUUCUGUGGAACCCCAGACUACAUCGCCCCCGAGAUCAUCGCUUACCAGCCGUAUGGGAAGUCUGUGGACUGGUGGGCCUACGGGGUCUUGCUCUAUGAGAUGCUGGCCGGACAGCCGCCGUUCGAUGGUGAAGAUGAGGACGAGCUUUUCCAGUCUAUUAUGGAGCACAACGUGUCCUACCCGAAAUCCAUGUCUAAGGAGGCCGUAUCCAUAUGCAAGGGGCUGAUGACGAAACACCCGGUGAAGCGGCUGGGCUGCGGGCCGGAGGGGGAGAGGGACAUUCGGGAGCACGCCUUCUUUAGGAGGAUCGACUGGGAGAAGCUGGAAGGCGGAGAAAUCCAGCCACCAUUCAAACCCAAAAUGUGUGGCAAAGGAGCCGAAAACUUUGACAAAUUCUUCACAAGGGGACAACCCAUGCUGACACCCCCCUGACCAGCUGGUCAUCGCCAACAUCGAUCAAGCCGACUUUGAAGGCUUCUCCUACAUCAAUCCACAGUUUGUACAUCCCAGCCUGCAGAGUGUAGCUUGA